AUGUUUUGCAGGUCUGGCUUUUACUUUACGAAGAACACUAGCGUUUUGAGCAUUUUUGCCAAAACGAGCGGUGCCGUCCGUUUGUCUCUUGCUCCCCGUAGAGUGAGCCCUUUAUCAAGAAUGUGGUCGAAUCUCAAUUUUACCAAGCUGUACUCGACGGUCCCCCGUAUCGCGCUUCCAAAACCACAGCUUACCCGUUUCUAUUCAACAGGUGCAUCCCUUGCCAAUGCUGCAAGAAGAUCGGCGCCAGUUGUUUCCAGUAAAAUCAUUGGCUACUGGUUGAUUUCCACUCUGGGUCUCAUCUUUGGUAUUGUCGUUGUUGGUGGCUUGACAAGAUUGACAGAAUCAGGAUUAUCUAUCACUGAGUGGAAACCAGUCACGGGAGCCAUCCCACCGCUCAAUGAGAAAGAGUGGGAAGAAGAAUUUGAAAAAUAUAAAGAUUCGCCAGAAUUCAAGCAAUUGAAUUCGCAUAUCACCAUGGACGAGUUUAAGUUUAUUUUCAGUAUGGAAUGGGGUCAUCGUUUAAUCGGAAGAGGAAUUGGAUUGUUUUUUGUUCUUCCUGCUCUUUACUUUUGGGCAACUAAAAAAUUUAGUCCCCAUGUGACCCGUAGGGUUGUUGGUCUCACUGGAUUACUUGGCUUGCAAGGUGCAAUUGGGUGGUGGAUGGUCAAAUCUGGGUUGGAUGAAGAAGAUCUCGCUGAAAGAAAGUCAAAGCCAACCGUAUCACAGUACAGAUUAACAACCCACUUGGGAGCGGCAUUCUUGUUAUACUUAGGUGUUUUGUGGACUGCGUUUGAGAUUUUGAAUGAAAACCGUUGGAUCAAACAACUCAAAGAGAACCCAGAGAUGGUCACUGAGACACUUGCAAAACUCAACAGUCCCAAAUUGAACAAGACAAGGCAAAUCGGAAUUGGACUCCUCGCCUUGACUUUCAUCACAGCAUUAUCUGGAGGCAUGGUUGCAGGGUUAGAUGCUGGUCUCAUUUACAACACAUUUCCUCAUAUGGGUGAUGAAUAUGUUCCCUCGUACUCCGAACUUAUGGACCCUGUAUUUUCGAGAAAAGAGGAUUUGUCAGACUUAUGGUGGAGGAACAUUUUGGAAAACCCAACUACGGUCCAACUUGUGCACAGAACAUUUGCUACCAUUACAUUCUUCUCUGUCUUAGCCGCUCAUAUGUUUGUGAACAAGAACAAGAACAUUAUUCCACUGAGAGCCAAAAGAAGUAUGCACACAAUGAUGGGCUUGGUCACCCUUCAAGCUACGUUGGGCAUCUGCACUUUAAUAUACUUGGUUCCUAUCCCAUUGGCUGCCGCUCACCAGGCAGGUGCUUUGGCUUUACUAACUGGAUGUUUGGCUUUCGCUGCUAAUGUUAAGAGGCCUAGAGCACAAACUGUGAACUAUAUCAGUUCUUUAAUGAAGGAGCAAUUGUUAAAGAAACACUGA